AUGAGACCUAUUCUUCUUUCCGGUCAUGAGCGUGCUCUGACCCAAAUCAAGUUCAACCCCGACGGCGACCUGCUCUUCUCCGUCUCCAAGGAUCAACAGAUUUGCGUGUGGUUCUCGCACAAUGGCGAGCGUCUCGGAACAUACAAGGGCCACGUCGGUGCCAUCUGGACCGUCGACGUCGAGCCGACAAGCACCAUGAUCGCCUCCGGCAGUGCCGACAACACCAUCAGACUCUGGGAGAUCAAGACCGGCCGCCUGCUCAAGACCUGGGAGUUCCCGACAGCCAUCAAGCGCGUCGAGUUCAGCCCCGACGGCAGCAAGCUGCUCGGUGUGACGGAGAAGCGUAUGGGUCACCUGGGUUCGAUCGUCGUCCUCAACAUUAACCCCGACGUCGAUGCCGAGCAGAGUGACGAGAGAGAGUUGACCAUUGUGUGCGACGAGAGCAAGGCUACCGUUGCUGGAUGGAGUUAUCUGGGCAAGUACAUUCUGGCUGGUCACGAAGACGGUAGUGUGUCCAAGUACGACGGCAAGACUGGCGAACAGCUUGACAACCUCCCUGUCCACGAGCUCAACAUGCAAGUGACGGACUUGCAAUGGGGCCCCGACCGAACUUACUUCAUCACCGCCUCCAAGGACAAGACAGCUCGCUUGAUCGCAGUUAGAGACCUGGAGAUCUUGAAGACGUACCCCGCCGAUACACCCCUCAACAGCGCCUCAAUCGCCCCCAAGAAGGAUCUCGUCAUCCUCGGUGGUGGUCAAGCUGCCAUGGAUGUCACCACUACCUCUGCCCGUCAGGGUAAAUUCGAGGCCCGUUUCUACCACAAGAUCUUCGAGGACGAGGUCGGCCGUGUGCGUGGUCACUUCGGUCCCCUCAACACCGUCGCCUGCGACCCUACCGGCAAGGGCUACGCCAGUGGUGGUGAGGACGGAUACGUGCGUGUCCACCACUUUGAUAAGAACUUCUUCGACUUCAAGUACGAGGUUGAGAGAGAGCUCGAGAGAAAGCUGGCGGCAUAA